AUGCUGCUCGUAAAGAAUUCCAGAGUUGCUCGUCUUCUUGUUUUGUUUCUACUUGCCAAUCUAAUUGUUGAUGUUGCGUGCAAACAAAGUUUAGACGACGCCCCUCAAUUUCGAAUCAAAAGGGAUGCAGAACAAGGAGGGGGAAAAGCUGUGUAUAUUCUUGUUGGUAUUGGAGUUUUUCUCGCUCUUAUAAUAGCUGCUUUGGUUUGCUUCUUUAUUUGCAAGUCUAAAGAUGAAGAUGAUGGUAAAACAAAAACUAUUGAUAAGACAAGCGAGGCGAAGCCUGUUGGAAGGAAGACGAUGACUAAGAAAAAAUGAAAGAU